AUGGGAACCGUUAGCAGUGGCUUGACUGAUGGUUUUUCACGAGCAACUUGUUGUGUGCAGCGUCGGGCAUCAGCACGGUGCCUGAAUCCUCACUUGAACCUGCAGCUCCUGAAGUGGGAGCAUGAGGGCGCCAAGAUUGAGGAGAUAUGGCUCAUCCGCGAUAGUUCCACUUUGCCAGACUUGGUGCCCCAGCUGGCUUCAGAGCCAGCAGACGCUCGCCUUGCCAUUGUCUAUAACAUCUCCGUGGGCUCCUCUGGCCUGAAGCCUUUGAGACUGGACUGGCGCCCUGAAGGGCUUGGCUUCAUGCAAGGUGGCCUCUCGAAAGACUGCUUGUGCGUCAAAGUGCCUUCAAGCCCACUGCCUCUGGAGAUGUUGAUCAUGCAUCUGAAAGAUGUUGAGAAGAAGGAGUACGAUCCCCAACAUUUCAACUCACAAGAUUUUUGUAAACAUCUGUAUGGGCUUGUGCAUGGGAAGGAGGAACGCAGCGAGAAGGAAAGCAAACAAUAG